UUGUUUGAGGACAAUUUCAAAUAUCAAUUUUUUAAAUUAAUUUACAACGACCGUAGACGACAAUCGGAGAGAGGUCCCUUAAGUAUUAUAUUUGUGUUACUUUUACUAACAAGGUUUAUUUGUUAGGUCAUCACUCAUCCGUCUGCCUGCCGGUUAGGAACAUGUUUCAAAAAAAAAAAUAUCAAUAUUCUUAAAAUGUGCAGUAAACUAGAGUGAUGCGUGAAUGUGUAAAAAUAGCAAAAGAGUGAACUUCAUUACUACAUGUUACUACAUAACUUCGAAACCAAGACACCAAGUCCGACCGACAAAUUCUGAUAGCACGAGCACCAGCCACCAUUGUUCAAAUAUAAGUUAAUAUAAGUAAUUUUCAAAAGAAAAAUUUGCAUAGGGUGGUAAAGUGCAUGUUCCGGCCUAAUAUUAUUAACAUCGAUGUGAGCGGGAGGCUCUACAAAAUUAAAAAGGAGCGAACUUUUGCGGGGAGCCAAAUUCCACCAAUGCGCAAAACCUGAAACCUGAAUAAAUGAUUCGUGUGUAAAGGAAUUACUAAAAUAGUGGUAAUAUAUAGUGGUAAUAAUCAUAGACGAUAGACCUAUAAACUAAGCGCUGUCCAUUUUUUUAUAGGUCUAUGAUUUGAAAUUACAACAACAUGGAACAUGGGGGUGCUUACUGCUUAGAAUAUUCUAGUCAGCAGAUUGUCUAGCACAGAUUGCAUGAAAUCUAAUGUCAUUAAUUGUAAAAAUUGCAGUGUGCUUAAUAUUAAUCUGUGCUUCAUGUUUGUACUUUAUAGGAAUAUUGUGAUCAGUGAUCACGCUCUUAGAAGAUAUAAGUUAAUUAGAAUAUCCUCUAAGUCCUAAGACCGUGAUUGUGAUAAUAACUAUACUCGGUUGUUGAUAACCGCACUAGUAGUUAUCUGGAACCUAACCAUGUAUUAUCAAUAAUAAAUUAUUAUCUUCAAAACAUAGAUAAUGCAUAUUAUCUUGCUUCAAAACAAUAUUUUGUAUUCGUAUUUCCUAUCAAUCGUAUAUUCGUAUCUUACCACUACACUACACUACACUCUGCUAUAGUAGAUGGUACUACGGUAGUUAUUAUACUGUAAACUGUUAUAGUUAUAGUACUUCGGAAACAUUGUGAGGUGCUGCACGUUUGUGAGACUAGACCGUCGGACCGUUCCUUAGUUAAAUAUUUCAUUUCAUACAUUCAUUCAUAAUUAAUAUAAUGAAUACGUCCACGCAAUACAGUAUGCGUUGGGAUGACUUUUCGUCUCACUUCACGAACGAAUUCGUGUCUUUACGGAAUGAUGAACAAUUCGUCGAUGUAACAUUAUGUUGCGAUGAUCAAUUCAUCAAAGCUCACAAAGUUAUUUUAUCAGCAUGCAGCCCUUAUUUUAAAAAAAUACUCAUGAUGAAUCCAUCAAAACAUGUCACAGUUAUUAUGCACAACGUGGAAUAUGAACUCAUGAAGACUUUGGUUGACUUUAUGUAUUUGGGAGAAGUACUCGUAAAUCAAAAUAAUGUUGAUAGGUUUUUUAAAUUAGCCAAAACAUUUAACAUAAAAGGAUUUCAAAAUGGUUUCAAUAAAAAUGAAACAUCAAUUUUGCCUUCAUUAUGUGAAAAUGUUGAGCAAGAUGUGCCAAAAAACGAUGUUAUUGAUUCAAUGGAUAACCAUGAUGAUGGAUUAUUUGCUAAUCAACUAGAUCAACUCAAUCAACUUGUGAAUCCCAAUGAAAUAAUUAAACGAAGGAAAAUAGAAACAAAUUAUUGGCAACAAUCUACUGAAACAACUUCAUCAUCACAACCAGAAAAACAGAGGUGUCAUUCAUUGGAUCCACGACCAUGUCCAGAGUGUGGGCGUCAAUAUAGCAGUUUAUCUAACUUAAGGCAACACAUUGAAUUAAUUCAUAAACCUGGAUGUGUUGUUUGUCCUUUAUGUGGUAAAACAUUCAAAAAUAAGCUUUACCUACGGCGGCACUUUAUUAGUUUUCAUGAAAUGUUACCAUCCAAAGUACAAAAUACAUCUGACCCAGGUACACCUUACACUUCAAAUUCAUUACAUUACCAAUCUGAUCAAAACCAACAGAGAAUACAAAUAAAAGAACAGUCUAAUAGCCAACAAUUAAGUUCUACUUGUUUUGAUCAAAGUAUACAUCCCCGUUAAGUAGGGCAUAAUUACAAAAUAUGUAAAGUUGCUUUUUUUUAAAUAUUGUUAUUGUAUUAUUAUUGAGUAUUAUCAAAGGCCAAAGGUUAAAGUGUCUUAUUGUAAAUUAAUUAUUGGCUUUUUAUGUGCAAUUAUAUUAAAUGUAAAUACUUUAUUAUUUAUCAGAAUGUAUGCUAUUUUUGCAGGCACAUGUUCAGCAGGUUUAUAAUGCCAAAUCCCCAGAAAACUUUUAAUGAUAUAAAUUUUUUUUUAAAGUAAUAAUAUUUGUAAUCAAAACAAAUUCUCUUGAAUACAAUUCUGACUAUGUGCCUGAUUUCAUGAUCUCUAAAUUAAGUAUUACAAGGUGUAUCGUAGCUAUACAAUUUCUAUGCAAACUAAGAAUUAUAUUUAGCCUGUCUCUAAUAUUAUUUAUAAAACCAUUUAAUAUGGUGCUAAUACUUGUUAUCCAAAUAUAUUAUAAUAUUUAAAUCUCAUAGUCUAAUCAAUUUAAGAAUGAAUGUAAAAUGUUGUUUGAUACUUUUCGUUAUCCACUAAAAAUAUAUAAUGCCACUAAUAUAUUAAUAACAAAUAACAAUGUAUCACACGUCUAACCCUUUUUUAAGUGA